GACACGCCAUUGCCUCGAGAUUGUGACGAUGAGUUCUGGGAUAAGCCCAUUCCCGGCCAUUAUUCUCAACAGCCAUCAGGCAGGCUGACCCUGGUAUCCUACUUCAUCCACUUGACGAGACUGCGGGCUAUUCAAGGGUUUGCACUGCGUACGCUCUUUUCUGCCUCGCGACGAAAGCAAUAUGAAUGGGAAGAACGUGUAAUUAAGAAAAUGAACGAUAUGCUGGCGUCCUGGGCGGCGAAUAUCCCCCCACACCUCAUAUGGAAUCUGGGCCAAGCAGACACUCCCUUUUCGAGGCAAUCCACUUUGCUCUAUGGGAUGUACUACUACACCCAAAUCAUGAUUCACCGACCUUUCGUCAUUUGA